AUGCGAGGUGCGUCGCCCCUCGCCGCGCGCACCGCACCCACUCUACCCGCCCAUCACCGCCCCGCUCCCCCCAACCACGCGUGCGUGCUUCGCCAGGACUCGACGCUACGAGCCGAAGCGCGAAAAGCGAAGCGCGUGGAGAUCGCUGGCCGUGGGCCCGCCAUGAGUCGGUCGCGCGCGGCGGCAGUGGCGUUGGCCAAGUGGGCAGUGGCGGCAAGAGCGUCCGUGAAAGGCGGCUUGGCAAACCUUAUCACCAAAACCCCCCCUUCCCGCACCAAGCGUGGGAUGACGGCGCUGGGUGCUGCCAUCGCAUGCCCAUGCACCAAACCCGACCUCGCACCUUCCUCCACCCUCCUUUCCCUCCCUCCUCCCCCUUCCUCUCCCCCCACUCUCUCUUUCCUUUCCCCCUUCUCUCCCGCUCCCUUCACCCCCUUUACUCCUCUUUUCACCCUCCUGUCCCCCUCCUGUCCCCCUCCUGUCCCGCUCCUAUCCACCUCCCUCCCGUCCCUCUCGUCUCCCUUUGCUUCCCUCUCCUUUCCCUUUCUUUUGCCCUCAUUUCGGCCGCCCCUUCCUAACGCCCUCCUCUUUCCUUCUUUCGCAUCCUAUCACUCUCCUUUCCUCUCCACUUCCCCCCUUUUCUCCCUCCGUUCCCCCUUCUUUCCCCCUCCCCUCCUUGCCCCCUCCUUCAUCUUCUAUUUCCUCCAUUUCCCCUCCUUUCCCCUUCCUGUCACCCUCCUAUCCACCUCCCGUCCCCCUAUUUUCUUCUCGUUUCCCCCUCCACGCCCCCUGCUUUCCUUCUCCUGUUCCCCUCCUGUCCCCCUCCGUCCAACCACCUUCCCCUCAGUUCCCCAUCUUCCUCCAAACCCCCUCCUAUUCGCCUGCCUGUCCCCUGCUUUCACUUCUCACUACUUCUUUUCCUCCAUUCCCUCUCCCCUCCCCCUCCCAUUCCCCCGUCCACUCCCCUCAUUCCCCUUCCCCCCUCGUUUUACGCUCCUUCCGCCUCAUAUACCCUGCCCACUUCAAUCCUUUUCCUAUUCCACUGCCCUUCUCCUCCGUUCACGCUCACUUUCUUCCUUCCCCCUUCCCCCCUUUCCCACUCCUUUCCCCAUCCUGUACCCCCUCCUUUCCCACUCCUUUCCCCAUCCUUUCCCCAUCCUUUCCCCCUCCUUCCGCCCUCCUUUCCCCCCCCUUUCCCCCUGCUGUGCCCCGUCUGUCGCCCUCCUCCACCCGUGCUGCCCCCCGCCUGCCGCACGCCUUCUCCCGGGUGCGUGCUUGGGGCAGGCAGAGGGGGCUGCAGGCGCCAGGGAGCAGCGCCAUGCAGGGGAGGCCAUGGGCGGCCAUGCACGCAGGCGUGGGCUCAACGGGGCUCUCCACUCGCCCUGCCUCCACACGCGCUGCUCAUCCGCCCCUCCUCCCCGCCUGCUGCCCUCUCCCCCCUCCCCCCUCCUUUGCUCCUCGCCACACCCCUCCCCGCGCUGCGCCAUCCACUCGCCCACCUCACCCUCCACCUCAACGGCUUGCCUGACCCACUUGGGGCUGGGAGUUGCUGCUGCAGCAGGGGGGACAGCAGCAGCAGGAGCACUGCAUCCCCUCUCACCAUGCGCUGCAUCACCCACCAUGCCACCACCAUCAACACCACAUGGCAAACACCAACUCUCAACCUGUCACAGCCGUAGCAGUCAGGGCCGCCAUGGGCGCUUUGGGGUGGCAGUGAGCGCGGCCUUGGCCUUGGGCGUUCUGCGAGGCGGCUUGACGGCAGCUUCGCCUUGCACUCGCCGCACCGGCCUGGGCGCUGCGGCACAUCGAGGCCUCGGGAUCAGCGUGGGUCCCUCCACGCGCCGAAUCGCUGCUCCCGUGUUGCUCGGCUUCGGGAUGCGCGACGGGGGGAGCCACAUUGUUGAUUGCGUUGCUGCUGCUGCCUUGCUGCGACCAGCUGACGGGCGUGACAACGCCACCACCAAUGCCACCGACGCUGAUUCCGUCGCUCUAGUUUGCGUCGCGGUUGAUUCCGCCGCAGCCGAUUCCGCCGCGGCUGAUUCCGCCGCGGCUGAUUGCGGCGCAGCCGAUUCCGCCGCGGCUGAUUGCGGGGCUGCACAUUCCGGCGCGGCGGAGUCCUGCGCAGCAGUUUCCGGCGCAUCCGAAGCGGCGCAUUCGCACGCUGCAGGGUCCGACGCACCAGUUUCCGAGGAUGCGCAUUCCGACGCGCCUGACUCCCACGCUGCGCAUUCCCACGCACCAGUUUCUGACGCCGUGGCGUCGUGCUUGCAUCCCGCGGCGGCGUCAGUGCGAUGGCCGUUGUUGGUGCUGUCGCUCAGCGGCUGUACGCGCCGUGGUGCGCUCGACUUCUCCCCGCCGAGGCUCUUCCAGAAGCUCAGCGCUGCAGAAUACGACUCGCGCAAUGGGGCCAUGCUGAGGUAA